AUGCAAAGAAGUUUCAUUGUAUCCUCUCCAGGGAAGACGAUCCUGUUUGGUGAACAUGCUGUUGUUUACGGCGCUACAGCUGUUGCCGCUUCUAUUUCAUUGCGUACCUAUUGUAGAAUAGAGCCAAGCGAGAAACCCGAAAUUACUAUAAAGAUGCGAGAUAUCGAGACAAGUCGCUCUUGGUCCCUUGAAUCUUUGCCUUGGGACGCUGUUUCUGCAAAGGAUAUAUUUCAUCCUCCAAAUACUCUUGAUGUGGAAAUCGUGACAGCAUUGGAAAAGCUAUUGACCAACGAGAAAAAGAAUCCUUUGGCUUUUCUAUCCAUGCUUUGCAUUUUAUACUUGUAUUUGCAGAUCGGAUUUCAUACGCAGGGAUGUAUUAUAACAAUAAAUUCAGAAGUUCCCUUAGGUGCUGGUUUGGGAAGCAGCGCGACUGUCUCAGUCGGUGUCGCAACUUGUUUGCUUUUAUUUUUCGGCUACAUUCAACCACCAAAGGAAGGAGAAGGUUGGAGCCGUCAGGAAAGCCUUGCUCUUAUAGAGGGUUGGUCUUUUAUUGGCGAAUGUUGCAUCCAAGGAAGUCCUAGUGGAAUUGAUAAUGCCGCUGCUACCCAUGGUGGUUUGAUUGCUUUUCGCAAGUCCACUGCAAAGACGACUGCCAUGAAGCAGUUCUUGAAACUUGAAAACCCACUCUCCGUUUUGAUUACCGACACAAAACAGCCCAAAAGCACUAAAGAAUUGAUUCAAAGAGUAUAUCGGCUUCGAGAGGAGUCACCUCUUGUAAUUGAUUCCAUUUUUCAAACCAUUGAUGGGAUAUCACGUUCCGCGAUCCGAGCCCUUGAAACCGAGACAAAUGUACGCAGGCUACGAAAGACGCUUGGCGAGCUUAUUUUCAUUAAUCAAAAAAUGCUCGAGGCAUUAAACGUUUCACAUGUUACAAUUGACCGAGUAAUAAAUGCUACCAAGGUCAUAGGCCCAACCAAGUUAACUGGUGCAGGGGGUGGUGGAUGUACCGUUACGCUGAGGAACACUGACUGUUCAAAUGAGAUGUUCGAAAAUGCUAUUACUGAAUUAAGUGCCUUAAAGAACUCUGUCUAUGAUAGUCAACUAGGAGGCCCGGGUGUGGCUGUCGUGACAGAUUCAGCCCCAGAUUUUGACGCGUUCGUCAAUUUGCUGGAAACUAAAAAAUACAAUUUACUUAAUAAUUUGAGACAAACUUAUUUUUAA